AUGCUACAAACCAGACUCUACAAGUCCUGUCCAAGUCAAGUUGCUGAUUUGUUCUGCGUGGAGACGGCGCAAGGAGAAUGGGGGUCGUUGUGCGGGGAAGAAAGCGAGGUGAUUGGCCAGACGCUCAUGUCACCGCACUGGCACGCGUCGACCGACACGACUCCAGCAUCCCUUGACCCCACCUUUCGCGUCCCAGCGUCCCAAUGCGGGGUGAAGAAUAAGUCAUCUUUCCACAUGGACUUCUGGGUAAGGCUGCUCGGCGGGUCAUCCCAGAAGAAGCGUGCCGCUCCAAACAACCCACAGCAGCGUCUGGCACGCUUCCGGCAGCAAUACAACCAAAUCCUGCAAACAUGGCAAAAGUCGACCAAUCUGGCCCACGACCGCGAGGCCCUGACCAACAUCCGCCGCAGCUUCCAGGCCCUCAGCUCCAUCCUCAACGAUGAAUCCCGCUCUCCAGCUCCCCACAUGUGUCUGCAGUUCGCUGCUGCCCAGCAAAUAUACACGGCCGUGUCCAAGAUAGCCGCAACUUCGCACGACGAGGGGGUAGUCCGCGAUGCUGUUGCCUUUUACAAUGCCCUCAUCGACAGCGAAGAGGAGGACUUCCUCGAAAACGACGUCUUCGCCGUCUCCCUCAUGAACUUCAUCGACCGCACCGUUGGCUCGGGCAGCAUGGGUGUGGGCGAGGAUAUCGAGGCCGAUAUCGUGGAAUUGCUGUUUGGCAUCGCAGCAAAGAUUCGCUUGCAGCCAGAGAUUCUGCCCGUCUGGUUCACCACCUCUGCGCCGGCAGAUGCAAAAGCGAGAGUGGUGAAUCAAAAGGUCGACUUUGCGGGUGUGACGCAAAAGGAGGAUUUCCCGCUGUGUUAUCAGCUCAUCGAUCAUGUGCAUCACGAAGGUAGGAUUGGGGAUUUUGCGCGAACCGGUCUGCUGUACAUUUUCGAGAGUGCAAGUCGGUCGAUUACAUUGGAGCAGUGGAUUGUCAAUAGCGAUUUGCCGACACUCAUGGCGACGGGGCUGGGUGCAUUGUAUAGUCAGAUGAGUCGAAAACUCUCGAUCCAACAUCCCGCCGAAGACAUGCCACUUGUCCUGUCGCUGUCAGACUAUGCAGACUUGCCACCAAAUCCACAAGCAGAAAACUUCUUUGGUGCCGACUUUCAAAAUCACCUGUCGACCUUCUUGUCGUACCUCACGUUUUGGCAGGAUGUGCUCGAACACUGUCGGUCAAUUGAUGUCAGACACACACUGAUAGAUCACUUUCAGAUUUUGUUUCUGCAACAACUCUUAUACCCAUCGUUACUAGAAUCGUCAGACGCCGACGGUGGUUCAUCCGUCGCUGUACUAACGUACCUUCGACACAUUUUGGAUGCUCUUGACCACCCAGAGCUUGUGCACAUGAUUUUGCAAUAUCUACUCGCACUGCUCGAUUAUACUACGGGUACUUCGAGAGAGCCGCGAUCACCAGCUGCAAUCAAGAAGAGGCAGUCUUUGAUACUACUAAAUAGUGCCAAGGAGGACGAGGACCGGCUGAAUCCGUCCCUCUUCAAUUUGGUGGACCUGAUUUUGGGCAGCACUUCUUCGACGAGUCCACAGACUAUCACGGCGGCUUUAAAAUUAACAACCGUCAUACUCGGCAAGAACCAUGCAUAUGCCCUAGGCUCCUUGGUCAAGGUAAUGAAUAUUCACCGAACAGAGCCACACAGAACCGCUGGUGCACUAAACAAGGAACUCGAAACGUACCUGAACCUUGGUAUUUCCCUUGCCGGUCUAGAAGGCGUUGACGAAGCUUAUGAAAACUAUCUCAAAGAUGUCCUAAGCUUACUAGAAAGCCAUCCUUGCUCCCUCAACACCAUAUCCCUACCCGGCGCCUCAUCCAAGAAUCAAAGCUACUUUGACUCUAGCGAAGUGCCCACAAGAGAUGUGGAUCCCCACUACCUCCUCCCCGAAGAUCCUCUCUUUCAAACUCUCACCGACCUCCUCCUCACCUUUCUUACAAACGACAUCGAAACCAAUCUUGCCCUCACCGAAGCCAUCGUCAGCCUUGGAACAUGUUCUCAACUCUGCCUCGAAGGCUGGCUCUGCGUCGACCCGGCAGACUACCACUUCGACGCCAACUCCCCAGAGCCCCCAUUCUUGUCCAAUGAAAAUCUACGAAACAUGUACCUGGCCGAACGCGCGCCAUCGUGGUCUCCCUCGGCAACACCACAACUCCUAAGCUGUCUGACUGAAUUGCAACGGCAAAUCGAGGCCCUACGAGCAGAUAUCCCAGACUGGGACGAACAUGUUGCCAGCCGCAAAACUGCGUUUCGACUUCACGAGAAAAUGCUAGAGGAAAUCAAGAGCGGUAAACUUCGACGGACGUCAGAAUCCAUCAUUGGCAACAUUCCGGGGGGUUGGGCACCGCAGAUUCCGCAUCAUGUUAGGGGUGGGGAGGGUGGUGUUGUGGGUUCGAGGGCGCAGAGUCCAAGGGGCAGAAAGGAGGCGUUGAGUGAGAGGCGGAAUUCGCCGGGGAUGAGUGGGGAGAGGGGUAGCUCGCGAUUUGGUGGCUCCGGAACGAUGACGACGACGGCGAUGGGGAGUCCAGGCCGUGGUGUUUCGCCCGGCACGCUUGGAACGCAGGGCUCCCAAAGGGGUGGUGGCGGUGUACUGGAAGACAUCGAUGCCAAUCUCAAAGGCCUAAAGGACGCGGUGCUCAUGAAGCGCCGGAUCCGCUUUCGCCGUGUCAAGGGCGAAAACAAGGUCGAGGUGCUAUUGUCGAAAUAUCAACCCCCGCCCAAGGACCGGGAUGCUCCGUCUCACCCAAAGCCCAAGUCGGAAGCCCAGGGCUCGGGUGAUUCGACGGCAGCGACAGAGACCGGCGGGCAGGGAGACGGUGCAGUAGUAGCAGAGUCCGGGGAGCAGCGAAGUAAACAAGACGAGGAGGCUCAGCGUGGGCAUGUCCAUGACAACAACGACGACGACGAAGCCGACUACGACGACGCAGACACCCAGGAAGCAAGCCUCAUGCACAUCAUUACCAAUGUCGUCGUUUUGCAGGACUUUGUGCUCGAACUUGUGGCCCUGGUGCAGGUUCGUGCGAGUUUGUUUGGUGAGGUACGGUUUGCGUAG